AUGCCUAGCAAAGGUGGAAGGGCUCCGUCGGGCCCUUGGGGGAGGCUCAAGCCUGUCGAACAGGAUCCGUUGCAGAGCAUCGGCCUCCCUUCCAAGGGCGACACCAGGCUGCUCGACUUUAAGACGCAGGAAAAGUACUACACUAAGAUCAUGGAGCGGUACAUGACCUUCUGCACGGAUGCGGGCGAGCGCGACGAACUGCUGCGGAGGUUCUCGUCGCUUGAGAUCAGCGCACUUGAUACAUCUUCAGCCACUGCUUCAGGUGGACCUUCGUCUUCAGCGCUCCAGGACCCCGAUAACACCAAGGCACUCUCGGACGUGAUGAUGGCACUGCGAAAACUUAGGGAGGGUAUCGUGGCCUCAAAACGCGCCGACGACUUUUCUAUCCAGGCAUACCUCUUUUGCAUCCGCCUCUCCGUCCUGGUCAAGCACCCAGAGUCAUACCACCCGGCCAUCCUGCACCUGCUCCGCCACAUCAAGCCUCUCCACCCUAUGACGUCCAUCGAAGUACAGGAAGUCGUGGGCUAUCUGAUCUUGGACACGGCCUGUCGGCGCAGGGAGCUAGCGGACGCCUUUUCCAUCAGGCACGAGUUCCAGAUCAAGGACAGCAAGCUAGAUACAGCACUACACGCACUCACGCACGACAACUAUAUCCUGUUUCAACGGGUUAAGAAGGAUGUCGACAGACACCGCGCCAAACUGCUAGAAUGGGCCGACGGUGACAUCCGGCUGCAUACCCUCAAGUGUUUCGGCAGGGCGUAUCUGGGAGUUGAUCUGGGUUUUUUGGAGAUGGCUACGGAUGCCAAAUGGAAGGACCUGAAGGAAAAUGAUGGUGUUGGAUGGGAGCUGGAUGAGGAGAGAGUGGUGAUUCGAAGGAUCAAGGUGCGGUAA